UAUUUACAAGUAGGGGGGUAGUGGCACUUGAGCAUAAAGGGGCAAGUCAUUGAUUGUCUUUGCACAAGAACAUCUCUCUAUGUUUGUGUCUUCCCUCUGUCCUCUGAAAAAAGAAACUCAUCCGAUCCUCUGAUUGUAUGUCCUGCCUUUGCUUGAAUUAGCCUCUUUCUCAAUUAUCAUCUCUUAUCGACGAUCUCCAGCUUGAUAGUUGGAGUACUCGAAUACAUUUAGUCGCUCAUUGCUUAUAUUGCGUCUGACAAAGCCCGGCCCCCAUUAACAUUCAUCUCCGAUCCCACACUAAGUAUCUUAAUACACAAGCUAGCCAAACCAAACUUAAACUCCUAAAAUACGUGCCCUUUUCGCAAAGUAGUAUGCAAGCAUUACUCAAAACAAAUACUUGUAUGCAAUCUAUUUAUAAGUUUCCAUAAGUUGGAAACAAAUUAUUCAACUAUCAACACUCAACACUCAACACUCAACACUCAACUAGCUAGCCAUUUUGGAACUUACGUUCCUAAAAUCUAUCGAUGGAUCCAAUUUCGACAUUUUCGGGUGGGAGGAAUGCAGAUGGUGUUAGUAGUCAAGUUGGUUUGAUUUGGCAGCAAGCUAAAUCCCCACUAUUUGUUCCCAUACUUAAGUUAUUAGUGACGGUUUGUUUAGGUAUGUCACUAAUGUUAUUCGUGGAGCGACUUUAUAUGGGGAUUGUUAUUGUCUUGGUUAAGAUCUUUGGGCGUAAGCCUGAGAAAAGCUAUAAUUGGGAACCAUUCAAGGAUGAUUUAGAAAUUGGUAACUCUAAUUACCCUAUGGUUCUUAUUCAAAUCCCUAUGUACAACGAGAAAGAGGUAUAUCAGUUAUCUAUAGGCGCAGCGUGUGGGUUAUCAUGGCCUUCAGACCGCAUCAUCGUCCAAGUUCUGGAUGAUUCAACUGACCCUAUUACUAAGAAUUUGGUGGAAAUGGAAUGCCAAAGAUGGAGAAGCAAAGGAAUAAACAUAAAAUAUGAGAUAAGAAACAACAGAAAUGGGUAUAAAGCAGGGGCACUUAAGGAAGGAAUGAAGCAUAAUUAUGUUAAGGACUGUCACUUUGUUGCUAUUUUCGAUGCUGAUUUUCAACCUGAGCCUGACUUUCUUUGGCGAACUAUACCAUUUCUUGUCCAUAACCCUCAGAUUGCCCUUGUUCAAGCUCGUUGGAAGUUUGUGAAUGCGGAUGAAUGCUUGAUGACUCGGAUGCAAGAAAUGUCGUUAGAUUACCAUUUCACAGUGGAACAAGAAGUUGGGUCCUCCACUUAUGCUUUCUUCGGAUUCAAUGGGACAGCUGGUGUAUGGAGGAUAUCAGCAAUAAAUGAGGCUGGUGGGUGGAAAGAUCGAACAACGGUGGAAGAUAUGGACUUGGCUGUGAGGGCCAGUCUCAAGGGUUGGAAAUUUGUUUAUGUGGGUGAUCUUAAGGUUAAAAACGAACUUCCAAGUAGCUUCAAAGCCUACCGUUAUCAGCAGCAUAGAUGGUCAUGUGGCCCUGCUAAUCUGUUUAGAAAAAUGAUAAAAGAAAUCAUUAGAAAUAACAAAGUGACAGUAUGGAAGAAGGUUCAUGUGAUAUACAGCUUUUUCUUUGUUAGGAAAAUAGUUGCACACAUUGUUACCUUUAUUUUCUAUUGUGUGGUACUACCAACAACAGUAUUGGUCCCAGAAGUUCAAGUCCCUAAGUGGGCUGCUGUUUAUAUACCUACCACUAUUACACUCCUUAAUGCUGUUGGUACUCCAAGAUCUCUUCAUCUUGUAGUAUUUUGGAUCUUAUUCGAGAAUGUUAUGUCAUUGCAUCGAACCAAAGCUACAUUUAUAGGACUCUUUGAAGCUGGACGAGUCAAUGAAUGGGUUGUUACUGAGAAACUCGGAAUAUCCAACAAUAAACUACUACCUUCUACUAAAUCAUUCAACAAACCCAACACUACAAUUCUACAUAAAAUCCAUCUGUUAGAACUUAUGGUGGGUGCAUAUCUCUUCUUCUGCGGAUGCUACGAUUUUGCAUUUGGGAUAAACCAUUACUUCAUUUACCUAUUCUUCCAGUCCUUGGCAUUCUUCAUUGCUGCCUUCGGCUAUGUCGGCACAUUUGUCCCCAAUUCUUACUAAAUACUAAAUAGCAAUGUACUCCGCCCACGUUGCAACUUUAUUGUGUCAUCUAUAAGUUGCCUUGCUCUCUUUUCAUUUUUCAACAUCUUCUACUCAUCUCUAAGUUGCCUCUCUAAGCAACAUAUGGGAUUUUUUCAUUUUUCACUUUUUCUUUCCCAACUCUUUUUUUUUCGGAUCAUUUUAGCAAUUGUAACUUAUGUAACUUAAAUAUGCAUAAGAAUUUAUCAUUCUUUGUAACAGGUUACUUAACACGUGUAACUCUUUUAUUUAAUGAUCCGACGAUCAAGUGAGUGAUUUAA